CGGUGAAUGUGCCGCAUCUAUGUGCAACCGGCCACACUUGUACACAGAAGCCAUAAUUUCUGAUGGAUUCCUUUCUACAUCAUCUAUAAUUUAUGCAUAAAUGUCUUCUCUUCUACGCACGCUACCAUCUUAUUUCUUCUUCCUCAUUUAACACUCGUCUUUCCGUAAGUCAACAGAAGAAUUGCCAAUUGCAAAAAUGGUGGCUCAGAAAAAACAGAAAAAGGCUCAGGAGAGCAUCAACACCAGAUUAGCAUUAGUUAUGAAAUCUGGUAAAUAUGUCCUUGGUUACAAGCAAACUCUGAAGUCUCUUCGCCAGGGCAAAGCAAAAUUGGUCAUCAUUGCAAAUAACACGCCACCAUUGAGGAAAUCGGAGAUCGAAUACUAUGCCAUGUUGGCGAAAACUGGUGUGCAUCAUUACACAGGAAAUAAUAUUGAAUUAGGGACAGCUUGUGGAAAGUAUUUCAGAGUUUGUACUCUUUCGAUCACAGAUCCUGGCAAUUCUGACAUUAUAAAAUCGAUGCCAACCGGUGAUCAAGCAUAAUAUGUGUUUUUAAUUUAAUAAAUAAUUUGAAAA